AUAUAUGUAGUUGUGCAUAUGGAGAAACGAACACUCGCUUUACAGGUCGUUCAAUCAGUAUCGUUUUCUGUCAUCAAACUACUUGCCACGAUUAUGUCCAGAGCCGGUUUCUUUCGACAACCUCAAACUGAUACUGCUUAGGGUGAGGUCUGUGAGACAUCGAGCAUAGUGCAAAGGCUUCGUCACGGCGGUGUCAUAAAUAUGCGCUAGCCGCGAAUGAUAAGCCCAGUAUGCACUACCCGGAUUCCUAUCGAAGGUCAAGGGAGCGUGUUCUUCAGGUGUUUGGCCCCCCGCUCACAGGGAAUCGUGAACCUACGAUAGCAGCUGUCAAUGUAUUGGAGCUCCAUGUCUUUGGUUCGAGCAAAAGCGUGACUUCGAUAUGUGGAUGCUCUCUUCUUAGGCAUUUCCCUAGAUCUCCACUCAGCGCGAUCAAACUCUAGUUGGUAUACAUUCACUUACUUCCCUGGAUGCGUUUACGUUCUAUCAGGCAGUGAUUCUUACUCUAUGAUCAUUUGUCUUUAUAAAGGAGAACUUUGACAUGCUUGGUAUGCUUAUUAGAUAUAAUACAUAAUUCUAUAUCUGGCGUCAUAUUGACCAGUGACUCGGGUGAGUUCUUCUACUU